UGCGUCAACAAAGACGCUGAGCUUCAAAUCGCGACCGAGCCCACACUGAAGCAUGUGCAGCGAGUGAAGACGCCAUGGAAUCCUUCAAGUCACUACAGGACGAGAUCUCCAAGGCCCUAGUCUCGACGACGCGCUCUGCGACACGCAUUGCUGGCGCAGACGUUGCGUUCCAGCGGUCGCUGAAUCCAGAUGUCGGUGCAGCCCUCGAUGCGCAGAAUGGGCGCCUUCUCGCUCUUGCGCAACGCCUUCUUGAGAACGCCGCCGCGAGCUCAGACGCCGUAGGUCCCAAGCUACCCGACGUCGAUUCCAUAGACGGCAAUUGGAGGGCGGUCGUUGAUGUCAUCGACAGCUUGCUUGAGAAGGCAGACACGAGCCUUGACGAGUACACGGGGGUGGUGAAGCGGUUGAGUCCUAGCGCGGACCCGGCUGCAGUAAAGGCACGACCCAACAUCGCCGAAAGGAAACACCUCCCGAAACCCCAGCUCACGUUCGACAACGUGCCCACCAACGACGAAACCGGGCCCUUCCGCCCACUGCUGGUCAAAAAGCCGCACGCAAAGAUCCCACUGGAGCAGUGUCUGAAGACCUUCAGAGACAAGCAAGGCCGAGAACAAUACCCCCACCCAUACCAGACCGAGAUUGAACAGUACGAAUUCCCCAAGGCCGUAUACGAGCACGCCGAACCGCAACAAUACCCGCCCUUUGAGGAGACUACAGCCACCUUUGUCGACACACCCGAGGCGGUCGAUGACAUGUUGGCUGAGCUGAAGACUGCGAAAGAGCUGGCUGUGGAUUUGGAGCACCACGACAAUCGCUCGUACAUUGGCAUGGUUUCCCUCAUGCAGAUCAGCACGCGCGACAAGGACUGGAUCGUAGAUACGCUGAAGCCUUGGAGACGGAAGCUGGAAUGUCUCAACGAGGUUUUUGCCGACCCUGGCAUACUGAAAGUCCUUCAUGGAUCCUUCAUGGAUGUCAUCUGGCUUCAACGCGAUCUCGGACUGUAUCUUGUUGGCUUGUUCGACACCUACCACGCGGCACGAUCUCUGGGCUACCCCGGUGCCAGUCUGGCGUACCUGCUCGAAAGGCACGUCAACUUCAAGGCGCAGAAACAGUACCAGAUGGCCGACUGGCGGACCCGACCACUGAGCAAGGAGCUCUUUGAUUACGCUCGCGGGGAUACCCAUUUCCUGCUUUAUGUCUACGACAAGAUGCGAAACGAGCUGGUGGAGAAGUCGGAUUUCUCAGCUGCUGAGAGGAGCAAGGUCCACGACGUCCAAGAAAAGUCAAAAGAGUACGCGCUUCAGCGGUACGAGCACCCCGUCUACGACUGCGAGCUCGGUCUCGGAGGUAGCGGCUGGUACAAGGUCAUCUCAAAAUCACCUGUUACAUUCACACCACAACAAUUCGCUGUCUUCAAGGCAGUGCAUGAAUGGCGCGACACUUUGAGCCGAAAGGAGGACGAGAGUACAUUCUUCGUCAUGCCGAAUCACGCCUUGUUCAGUAUAGCGCGCUCGAUGCCUGUCGACAAACCAGCUCUUUACACCGCCAUACAGCAUGUCUCGCAUCUUGCUCGAGCCCACGCGGACGGGCUCGUAGCUGUCGUUGCUCGUGCGAAGGAAGAGGGCAUCAAUGGUCCCGAAUUGGCUGAUGUUCUUACAAAGAUUUCAGGCAUGCUUGAAGCACAGAGAGCAGCCAAGUAUGCGGAGGAGGCUCCAAAGACGGCUGCACCGGUGCCAGUCGUUGAAGCCGCCACAUCAGCACCGCUCGAAAGCAGUGUUGCCGAGCCAGCAACUCGAUCGUCAUCGUCAGCCUUCUGGGGUUCGUUGUGGUCGUCCGUCGAGGAGUUCGACCGUCGGAGAACAAUUGAUGUCACUCUUGCUGUUCCCUUGCCACCACUGACUGCCGAGAUCUUUGAUGACAAACCUGACACAACCACAUCCAAGCCCGAGAAGCCGCAGUACGUUCGUAAGGAGGAUCGACAGCAAGAGGACCAGAGGACCGACAUGUUCGUGGUAAAGCAGCUUGGCGGUAAGAAGAGGAAGCGUGCAGAAGCCUCGGUCGCCGGAACUCCAGCAAACUCAGCAAUCGAUACCAUGAAAAAUGACGAGACCAUGCUCGACGGCGCAGAUGAACAAGACGAUGAAGAGGCGGCGAGAGCAGCAAGGAAGGCCGCACGCAAGGCCGAGAAGAAACAGAAGAAGCUGGAUGCACAAGCCGCAGCCCUCGAAGCGUCGGGCGAACCCGCGUUCGACUACGCCAACGCACCGACGGUGCUGCACGCCGCGGACGAGCAAGCAAAGCAGGAGGCGCGAGACAGGAAAAAGGACAAAAAGGACAAGAAAAAGAAAGGCUUCCAGGGCUUCGCAGGCCUCACGGACGCGCCCAAGGGGCUGCCGAGGGCGCAGAAGGAGGUCGCAGGACGGAGCAAGACGUUCACGCGAUGAACGUGGAUACUUACUUAGCAUUAUGGGCGUUCUCGGCAUCAUCAGCCUCCUGCAUUGUUUGUACGUAGUUUUGCGCCAUGAUACCGCUGCCCGUCGCGUGUGGAUCACACUCGCCUCGGGUCUUUUUUCCAGACCUACGCUCCUCGCUCGUGAUUGUGCU